AAACCACAGCAGCGUCCACGGCCAAGCCCAACAGUGUGGGUGUGGUCAUGAUCUCGGCCGAGCUCAAGACGUCGACCGAGUAUAAACCGGCCACAGCCACAUGCCCUGACUUCAUAGACACAGCUGCACCGGCAAACAGUACUACCACGUGCAAGUGGCACGGCGGGGACUCCGUUUGUGAGGUUACUUGUAACCAUGGUUACUAUAUGGAUGGAGCGCGGGUCAGCACGUGUAGUAGAGUGACGGGGGAGUGGUCCGAUACGGCCCGGACCUGCCGGCCCUUGCCGCAGAUCGAGGACAGGAGCUUCCAGGUGGGGUUAGUGACUGAG